GUUCACCCUCACACACUAAACUCUCUUUCUUUCUCCCCUUCUCCACCCACCACCCCCCAUCGCAUCGUUCAUGACUCUUUCUGCACCUCCUUUUUCCCUCCUUCAUCUUUUUUGUCUCCAGGUGCUGACUGAACAUCGCUAAUCUGCUUCGCUUUCCUUUUGUUGUUUUCCCUCCCCUCUCGAUGAGUGCCCGCUUUAUUCUCCUUCGACGACCGUCUGAUUGGUCAUAGCUCGUCAGUCAACAACAAAAGAGCCUUCAUACCAAACACCGAAACUUUCCUGGAAUUAUAGUCGAUUUCACCUCCAGUCAGACACAGGUAGUCUUCUGGUUGUCUAUAUCUGACAAGGCUCAACUAUGCGACCGCCACGUCUGAUCUUCCUUGUUUUCUGUUUCAUCUUCUUUCCGAUCUUCCUCACUCUCUUUUCUGUUCUUACAUCAUCGUCUCGUGUGACCACCCCCAGUUCGUUCGCUGGUCGAGCGACGGGACUUCAUGCUCUCUUUUCCUUCAACAUACCCUCCUCGCUGUUCCCACCGUCUGCUAUCAUUAGCUUGACCGAUGAUAACUCGACAUUCUUCCUGGCCCGGCCCGCAGCGUUUGGCCCGCUCCUUCCCGACAAGGGGCUCAGCGGUCAGCUAUGGAUCGGCAGCGGAUUCGGAGAUAGAACCACUACCGGGGCGGAAGGCGAAUUAGGGUGUUCAGAUAUUCCAGGGUGGGGUGAGGGCGAGGGUCACAGGCAGGAUAUACCAGCGGCGUCGGAUGCCAUGCUCGGGAAGCAUCUCCCCGGUGCUGGAGCUGACCCGGUGACUUCGAAUAUCCAUCUUACGGAUCCUAAACAGGAUAUCGACUCACAAGCCAGCUCAAAUGACGGUGUUGUGACACCAUCGACGAACGAUGGCACGGAUGAUCAUCUGCACCACCCACUUCCCGAAUCUAAGGUAGCGGAGUCGGGUGUCUCCGAGCAGCGCGGGGAUAGCCACCAGAACAGGCAAACUGAGCAUGCUGAUAUACAGUCUUUACAAGAGAGCGCUGAGAUCAGCGGUAAGGUUGUUCUAUUGAGUCGGGGUGGCUGCGGCUUCUUGGAGAAGGUCAAAUGGGUUCAAAGGCGUGGAGGAAUCGCGUUGAUUGUUGGAGACGAUACUCGUGGAGGCAGCCUUAUCACCAUGUACGCGCGAGGUGACACGUCCAACGUGACAAUUCCCGCUCUAUUCACCUCAUAUACCACGGCGCAUUUGCUCUCGUCACUCGUUCCUCCGCAGGCCGGGGGAGACUCGAGCGUAGAUGAUGCUUCUGGGCCACGCCACACAAAACUUUCCAGCCAGAGUACGACUGGGAAUCAGCAGAUAGUGCCUACGACGACAUCGACCGCGGCUGUGUCGCCGACUUCCACGCGAUAUGCCACAUCAUCUGGCAGGAAAUCAACCACGGCGACCCGCAAAGCAGGCUUCAUUCAGAGUCUCGGGUCUCUGCUGGGAAUGGGGAGGAAUGGUGGACGCCUGCCAGAGGAUAGCCAACGACCUCCCAGCAGUGGAAACAUUGACUGGGUUCUAAAGGAUCCCUGGGAGGAUAUGGAGAUGUCCGAGGAUGGCACCGAUCAUGGCCACAACCGGGCAAAAGCCGAUAGCGGUGCUGGCGACCGCCAGAAACCUGAUGUUGCUUCGCAAGCGGCCGACGGUGAUGGGUUUGUGAUUGGCGUUCAGGAUUGGCGCGACCCAGACCUUCUAGUUCCGAUCAGCAGUUCCAUCCCGUUGCCGAGCAGUGUCCCGGAGUCGGAGGCUAGCAAAAUGCAGACUACCGGAAAAGGCUCACGCCCCACAGGUGCCUCGCUCAAGGGUGGCAGCAUAACCCCAGGAAGCGGCGAGUAUCGUACUCUAGAUAAGUCAAAAACUAGCAAAGCAGAGUUGCACGGUUCCAACCACCAGAGCUUGACUAGUGACACCCACGAAUACCAUAAGCAGAGCAAGGGAUGGUUUGCAAGACAUUUCUCUUGGACGAAGGAUGGCGAGAAGGACUUGAGUCGGCCUGUUAGGCGAGAUCAUAUCGAAGAUCGAAAGUUGCAUGGUGCAUCUGGAUUCCAGGGCCUCCAAAACACUGGGCAGCUCGAGCACGAGGGUUUAUGGGUUACAUUGACACCAACAAGCAUGUCCACUAGCCCGUUCUUCGAUACCCUUCUGAUACUCGUCGUGAGCCCCCUGCUUACACUGACAGCGGUUUAUGCUCUUUUGUUGCUGCGCUCUCGCAUCCGUCGAAGACGUUGGCGAGCCCCAAAAUCUCUUGUUGACCGUCUCCCCGUGAGGACGUACCACACAAUCAGCAUGUCUUCGUCCUCCACAUCAAGCUCAUCCCGGUCCUCGAGCCCUGGUCCGGUCUCACCAACGUCGCCCUUGCUGGGCUCUAGAAACCGCUCGGGACACCGUCGCUCGCAGGAAGCACGGGAGGCCACAGAAGACCUGAAGAGCCCCAAAACAAAGUCAUCCAAGAAAGAGAAGGCUGGCUCGUCAUCCGCGCUUUGGAGGCGCAAAUAUACUGGCCGGCAGGUAGAGUGUGUUGUCUGCCUCGAAGAAUACGUGGACGGGCAGAGCAGGGUAAUGAGCUUGCCCUGUGGGCAUGAGUUCCAUGCAGAGUGCAUUACUCCAUGGCUGACAACUCGUCGGCGAACCUGUCCCAUCUGCAAAGGGGAUGUCGUUCGGUCAAUGUCCCAGAAUAAGGCCGCUGAAACACGCGAAUCUGCGGAGUCGAUUGACCACACCUAUCCUCAUGAACUAGACUCCCAUCCAAAUGCGCCGUCUGCUCCUGUCCCGAUUACAAACAGCGUUGAAGAUGAAGGGUCUGACCUCGAACGUCGCGGUGGCUCAGAUGUUGGUCUGCUUGAGCGGCACUCAUCUUCGGCGCCCCCGCCCAACUGGAGAAACUUCGCCGCACUUAGCUUCUCGGCCCUCAGUGGCGAUACUAUUUGGCAUCAAGGCCGGACUGAUCGCGAGCGAUGAUAUUUUCACUUUUCCUUCUCAAAUACCCCUGGCAUAUAGUUACAGCGAAGCAUGAACAUGAACCUCGGUUCCUUCAGGGACUCACCGCUUUGCGAUCGGAAAAUACUUCCCAUUGGCGAUCUUUUGGGCCGUCCACAUUGGACUUGGUUGGCGUUACGGAUACGGUGUGCAGGCGCAGUGCAGGACGAGGCAGAUCAUUAGCUAUACAAAGCGGCUGAAAACUGCCCGCAGCCAAUGAUUUCAUUUAUGUUUCUCUUUUCUGGACAGUUACUACCUAGUUUUUUUUUCUUCCUAAACGUGGUGAAUAGCGUUUUCUGAUCGUAUUGUGACGACACUCCCCUUCUUGCCUUGUGCAUGUCUACUCUAUUUAUGCAUUUAUGUAUGUAUAUUAAAACUGGGUGGGUCGAGGCACUCGAUCUAUCGAUCGGGUAAUAUAAAUAGAUUGCACUAUUGAAUCCCGUGA